CGGACUGAACCUACGUACUAUGGCCUGUUGGGAAGGGAGAACAAUCUAGUCAAACUAUUUCGGCUGCCCUUAGCGAUGUAGCGAAAACAAAAAAAUACGCGUGAUUUUCUACGCUCGUGUCUGAAGAGCUUGUUCAAUCAGAUUGUUCGAUGCUAUAUGGUAAUGAGACUAUGGAUACGGAGUACCAGUAUAUGGAUAAUGCGGCGACACUAGAGAGCAAAGUCUAGCCGUCAGUACAUCGUUUCGCUGUAGACUCCGGAUAUUGCCGAAACAAAACAAUGCGUAUGGGCCCCCACCCAACACAUCUCCCAGGUGACUUGCAGGAAAGACAAGUCAGCUUUCCUCCCACAUUUCCGACUUGCGGACUCUUAACGCAGUUUUCGGCGUUUUUGAUCGGUUUUUUCAUUGUUCUCCUCUUCCUUCUGCGUAGCCGGAGCCGAUGCAUUGCCGAAAUGCGGAUGAUGUGUGGAUGCAGCAUGGAGGGGACCGCGUGCCAUGCGACAAUGCGAGGUAUCGGAAAAAAAGCGAGCCUGAUGUUCUCUUUGCGUGCCACGAAUAACUGAGUUUUGAUAACAAGAUACAUUUCUACGCUCGGUGUGGGCGUGCCAACUGCGGAUGCUUUGGAGUCACCGCCAAAAGAAAAGUGAGAAAAGCCGAAGCUGGCUGGAAGCCCUACAUGGAAGACAUAGCGGCGCACACUCCGCCACUUCGGUUUCGACUCUGAAGCAAACACGCGCAAGAACGGUUCACAGUGCUCGAGCUGUUUGACCGUGGCGGAAACUUAUUUGCGGUGAUAACUGUAGUCAGUCUUCUUCAGUGACGAGAAAUUUUUGUUUUUCCGAAUCUGCAUAUGCUGUGGCACUUUUUUUUAUAGUUCGUCACGGCCAACAAGACGUGGGUGUCUUCGCUUAUAUUUGUAGCACAACCUGGAACGAGGCACUGCGGAUGAGCCCCACGUAAUAAACUAACUGGCUGAAGGUCAGAGAGACCCGAUUGAGGUUUCUUUGAGAACCUGCCGGAUUUUCAGUUUUGCUUGUCAGGUAACGCUGCCGUCCCUUCCUGACAUCUUCCUUCCCAGCAGACCAUCAGCAUGAGCACAGCUGCAACCGAGAGUGACCUCGAUCCCACCAAGGGAGAGGGUCUCUUCGUUACUCUCACCUCAGGAUUUUCAAAGGCUCGGUCUCCCGAUGGACGGAUUCUCUGUGAGCCCUUGGCGGACGUUGCGCAGACGAUAAUUCCCGUGUAUGACACUCUCUUCGGUGCUGGGAUGGUGGCGAAUGUUCUUAAGAAGGACCUCAAGAAUUCGAGUUCGAAGUUGAAGGAAGCAGCCCAGAGGGAGUUGGCUGCGGAACCUAACGCCGGGCCUGUGACGGUCGACAUGUUGAUUUCUUACGAGAUAAAGAAGGACGGAGUUGCGUACCUCCGGAAAGAUGCAAACAACGGCGUUAAGAAUCUGCUAUGGAUGAAGCGGGCCCUGGACUUCAUUGUCGGUUUUCUCGAGAACGCCACUUUCAAAAUGAAAGACAAAACAGCAAAGGAGUGUGCCACUGAGGUCUAUCAAUGCGUCCUCAAGCCCUACCACGGCUUCAUGGUCUCCCACAUCGUCUCCUUGGCGUUCAAUCUUUGCCCUAGUCGGGAAGAUCUAUGCAAAAAGCUCGAUUUCGAAAACGAUGCCAUGAUCGAGACUCGUGUGAGAGCGCUGUCGAAGGUCUGCAGGCCCCUGCUGGACGAAAUUUCUGAUAUGCUGGAGAAAGCUGGGUGCAACUUCCCUGACAAAGCUUGAUAGUCUUCCGCGUUUUUGUUGGUAUUGCACAUGCACACAAAUGUACGCACAGACACACGUACUUUUUUUUCGUUGACCUGUGAAAAAAUAGUUCUACGACACGCCCGUGUGCGCCGGUGCUUGCAGGGUUUUAUCCCGACUUCGAUUUUUGAUGCUUUUGCGGUCUUCAGUCUAGUGCCUUUGAGUGGGAGCGCGUGACAAGUCCAUUCGAAAAGCGAAACGGUUUAUUCGGGUGCGUGCGGAAACAACGGGAUUGUGAAUCCAAUUGGCUGAUGAAAGGGGGCUGGUGUAUCGUGCAGGUCAAAUAAUUUCUUCUUGGGCUGAUGCGACAUGAAACAAAGUGUUGGGAGGGAAGAAGAUCGUGCAAAAAGUCGGGGUAGAGGGUGAAAGUACCCUUCUAAAUAUGUUCAUAGUCUUCGUUACAUCGUGGAUAGCUUGCGCAUGCAUAUAUUUUUACGUGAGACCACAUAGGCACAGACGUGGUAGGUGUGUUUUUUUGAAUGCGCAUUUGUGACUCUUCACGCGUAUUGGGGAGCAGAAGUCACAGACCAUCUGUGCGUCUUGCCAGUGGUCUGUCAUUGAACGGGAGCGGAGCAGUGACCUAGAGAGGAAUGGGGGGAAACCGCGCGACAGCAGAUCAUGCAAUCCGCGAUAUACGGUAAAGCUGUUCCACGGGGAAAACUGGGACCGAGCCACUAUCUGCCCAUUUUUCUCCCAAGAAAAAACUAGUACGUUACACUGGAAUGAUGGCUUUCUGUGCAAGGUAGAGGGGAGGGUGGAGAAAGGGCCGAUUUGCCGCGUUAAGCUGAAUGAGACACACUCUCUCAAGAGUCUUAGGUCUGCUGGUAAAUUUAUACCCGUUUUAUAAGCGAAUGCAAAAAGAAGAAACUAGUACUUUUACCCUACAUCGACGCGAGGAAAACCCCUUUCGGAUGGUGGGGAUGAGAUAUGCUCUCAGCCAACUAUAGUUUCAGUUAUGCAGGUGCUACCCCAGUGUCAUCACUAAGAGUUCGAGAGGCAGUUCCGCUGAGAUAGACAGCUAUAUGUCACGACUGCUCCAUCAAGUUCCUUUCUUACUUUAAAGGCACUUUCAUUCGGUGCCGAGGUGAGAUGCACUGUGCUGUGUAGAAGGGGCAAAGAAGGUGAGGGAGUCCGGCAAUUACGCGACUUCUGUGUGUCAAACUAAAUGGUGAGAGGUGUAGAUCACUGCUAGGACAGAGACAUCUCAGUGAAUGAAGCGCUCGCAGUCGGGAUAUACACUUUCACCCUCCCAGUCAACGAUUGGCUGAAGGAGAAUUUGUAUGUUAAGCAGCACGAUCUUAGAUCAGCUGAUACAGAACAUCAGACCUAAUACUUACUGAAUUAGAUAGUAAAUUGUUGGACAAUGGAUCUGUACACAUUAAUCCCUAUUAUGUCACUCAGAAAAAGUACUCAGGUGGGAACUCGUGGCUCCGGAGCCCGGCUGCUUCCAGACACCUCUGCCACGAUUAGGGAAAGAAGUACCAGUCUGCACACUUGCGCCUCGCUGAACACAGCGGACGCCCUACAUGUGCAUCCAUCAUACCGGUGUAGUACAUAUGCUUGAAAAAACGUCUUCUAUAUACUUUUGUCACAAGUCAAACAAAGAGGCUCUUCGCGUAUGCAGCGUGGAAUUUCUGUUCCACCGGGUCACUGGCUGUUUCUAGACUUUUGGCUGCCGCGUCACCGUAAACUUCCUGCAGUACACUUUGACAAAAGAUUUGUUCUGUUACCUCGUAUUGGUGUGCUUAGUUUUCGAAACGUAUAAAGGUGUGCCUUUCUGUGCAUGUGACUGGGUUCGUUCCACUGAACUUCGCGACUUUUUCCGUUGCAUGCGCAAGGAGUCUCCAAGCAGCGUCUUUGCGAAGACAGUUGCUUUUCUCGUGCUCACGCCAGUGGACGACGAUUCAGAACAAGGAAACUGCGACACACCUUUAAUGCUAGGCUUCCAUCGGCAAGUCAUUCUUUUGAUUUUUGCGAAGCACGUUAAAACUGGUUCAUUCACGCGCUGAGUUGGCAAAUUCCUGCUUUCCUUAUUAAGUGUCAUUCUGUCGAAACUUCGACUUAGCACAGAGAAACCACGUUCCACGCGUUCGCCUUUGUGCAUGAAACGAGCCUUUUUUCUCUGCUAGCUCGUUCCUAGUAUACGUGUCUUCGGUAAUGGAUUUCGCUCACAGUCUCUCGAUACGAACUGUUGGCACAUUGUAGUUUUCGUGUUCUCGAAGAUUCUUCUGUGCAUCGAGGUUGGCAGCAGUGCGGUACUAGCCUGUAAUUGUAGGCGUCGUUCUGGCGCAAAUGGCGAAUAGACCAAGUGACACGACUGCCGCUUUAAAGAUAAUUCCAAGUCUACGUUGAUGUGACCUGUGGAGAUCUGAAACUGGAAUUGUUGUGAAAUCGCUUUUUCCCGCGCCGUUUUACUUUGCACUUUUUUAUUGAUGGAAUUGUGUGCCAGACGUGACCAGCGCGCCGUCGGGGAAAGCAGAGGGAAACGGACGCCUCAUCGGCUUGUUUGUCAAAUUCGGUAGAAGUAGCCGCGACGCUCACAAAGGCCAUAUGUGCCUCUUUGUGUCCUCCCACUUGAUUCGACAUGACCCAACUGGCACUACAU